AUGAUGGUCAGCCAAUGUCAGGCCAAACUUCUGCACCAGUUGACCCUACUAUUGCGUCCUCGUCGAGUCCUGGAAAUUGGCACUUUUACGGGAUAUUCUACCAUUGCUAUGGCGUCAGCUUUGGAAUCGGCAGCCACCAUAACAACGCUCGAACUAGACCAGCGGCCUUUGCAAAUUGCGCAUCAGUAUAUUCAGAAAGCGGGUCUUAAUGAUAUAGUGGAAAUGAAGCAAGGGCCGGCCAUUGAAAGCCUUAUUCAACUGACACGAGAACGUCCAAACUUGCAGUAUGAUAUGAUUUUCCUCGAUGCGGACAAGGGGGGCUAUAUCCAGUAUUAUGAGCAUAUUAUGCAACACAAUCUCUUGUCUGACCGGGGCUGCCUCUUGGCUGACAAUGUUCUGUUCUUUGGCCAAGUUCAUCGGGAAGCAGGCUACAUCGAUCCGCAGCCUGUAGAAGCCUCAAAGAAUAUCAAAAAGACGGCUCGAAAGGCUCAUGCUUUCAAUGCACAUGUGUACAGUGAUCCAAGAGCACAGGUGGUCGUGCUUCCCCUAUUUGAUGGUUUGUCCAUCAUCCAGAAACGAAAAAAGGAUUGA